GAUAUUUAUAAUGUACCGUUAUGUGUAUGUGUUACUCCGGAAAUGGAUUCUCCACGAGAUUUCAAAAUAGAAGUCAUCUUACCUCGCGGUCACGUGACCCCACUGUUUACAGGCAUCCGGAGAAACAUGGAGGACACCGCUGGCAGUAAUCCCCAAUCUCUCGGAUUUACAGAGAAAUUAAAAUCGUGGCUCUCGUGGUCAUGGACGUACGUGUGCUUCAUUUGGUUCGGCAUGGUGCUGAUCAUGAUAUACGUCCUGUGGAGCCCGCUGAAACUGCAGGAAACUCUUACCUCAGCCUCAGUGUUUUUGAAUACACUGACCCCCAAGUUCUAUGUGGCUCUCACUGGAACCUCCUCCCUCAUCUCUGGACUCAUCCUUAUAUUUGAGUGGUGGUAUUUUCGUAAAUAUGGGACCUCGUUCAUUGAGCAAGUGUCUGUGAGCCACCUGCGUCCUCUUCUCGGUGGAGUGGAGAACAGCUCCACCACCGGUCUGUUUGCAUCAGUUAAUGGAGAGGCAGAACCUAGGCCCAGUGUUUCAGAGUGCAAGGUCUGGAGGAACCCUUUGAAUCUGUUCAGAGGGGCGGAAUACAACAGGUACACUUGGGUAACAGGGAAGGAACCCUUAACAUACUAUGAUAUGAACCUGUCCGCUCAAGACCAUCAGACCUUCUUCGCAGGAGACACACCGCAGUUAAGGCCAGAAGAUGCUGUGAUGCAGAAAGCCUGGAGAGAAAGAAAUCCUCAAGCCAGGAUCAGAGCAGCUUACCAGGCCAUAGAAAUGAACCACGAAUGUGCAGCAGCCUAUGUUCUCCUAGCAGAGGAAGAAGCCACAACUAUUACAGAAGCUGAACGCCUCUUCAAAAAAGCACUAAGCAUUGCUGGAAAAGAUAUCAACUUAUUGGUGUACAUUAAACGCAGACUGGCAAUGUGUGCACGAAAACUGGGAAGGAUUAAAGAAGCAGUAAAAAUGAUGAGAGAUUUAAUGAAGGAGUUCCCACUGUUGGGGAUGUUAAAUAUACAUGAAAACCUCUUGGAGGCGCUUCUAGAGCUUCAGGCAUAUGCUGAUGUCCAAGCAGUCCUUGCCAAAUAUGAUGACAUCAGCUUGCCAAAAUCAGCCACUAUAUGCUACACAUCUGCACUGUUGAAAGCACGGGCUGUAUCAGAUAAGUUCUCUCCAGAAGCCGCGUCAAGGCGAGGGCUAAGCACAGCAGAGAUGAACGCUGUAGAGGCCAUACACAGAGCCGUCGAGUUCAAUCCACACGUGCCAAAGUACUUACUGGAGAUGAAGAGUCUGAUUCUGCCUCCAGAGCACAUCUUGAAGAGGGGCGACAGCGAGGCAGUGGCAUAUGCUUUCUUCCACCUGCAGCACUGGAAGAGGGCAGAGGGAGCCUUAAACCUACUACACUGCACCUGGGAGGGCACCUUCCGGAUAAUUCCCUACCCCCUAGAGAAAGGUCACCUGUUUUACCCAUACCCAGGAUGCACAGAAACAGCAGAUAGAGAACUACUGCCCUCAUUCCACGAGGUGUCUGUGUACCCAAAAAAAGAGCUGCCCUUCUUCAUCCUCUUCACAGCAGGCCUUUGCUCUUUCACUGCCAUGCUGGCCAUGCUCACACAUCAGUUCCCUGAGCUCAUGGGUGUCUUUGCCAAAGCAUUCUUCAGCACACUCUUUGCACCCCUGGGUUUCUUCGCAGACAAGAUGGAAAGCUUCAUGCCGUCCAGUUUUUGGCACCAGCUGACUCGAAUCUGACCCCGUGUCUCUCUUACACACACAUACACACACACACACACACACACACACACACACACACACACACACACACACACACAGUACCACUCCAAACCCUCAGACAAAAAGUGUUUGCUCUCCUGUCUUCAGCAUUACUGUCCACUUGCUGCAUUGUUACUGAUUAUGUUAGCUGAGGUUGUAUCAACACGGCAAUACCACUCUUAAGAUGCUCUCCCACACUGUUCCCGCAGCCAGAGUUUUUCCAAGACCGCAUUUAGUGAAUACCAUUUGCAACGAUUUCACAGGGUCAUUCAUUUUGCCGUUAUGCUAGCGGUGGCCAAUUUAAGGUUUUUUGAAGUAUCCCACAAAGCUUGGCUGCAGAUCUUUUGAACAGAAAUUGAAUAAGGAAUUUGCCAGAGGUCCUCUUUAUUUAUUUUUUUCUAAAUCAUGAAAAGCUAAAAACUGCUUGUUUUUAAUCCUCCUCUAACUUCUGUCUAGUCUGAUGAGUUUGUCUGAACCAGUGUGUUACUGACAGCAGGAAACAGAAACAACAUGUACAUGAUGGAUAUCCAUUUCUUUUCCCCGCUCUGUAAUUCAUGUGCAUCAAAACGUUCCCCAUCAGGUAUUUGUGAUGGGAACCUGCACGUCCUAUCUCAGCCCCUCAGAUUUUUUAAAGUCUGUAAGGCCUCCUAAAAAACAGAGCUGUGAUUUACAGCCUCCAAGUGCCUGCAGUGUAUACAACGGCUCUGCAGUUCAACAGUUGUUGCCAUGGCAUGACACCUCAGCAGUAUAUCACCGGGGCAACCGCCGCCCCCACAACAUCGAGAUGUAAAUGGGAUCAUCACCGGUCACAGUUAGGCCUCCCGUGGCAUAACUCAUCUGUGCUGAUUGCGCUACAGAACGUGAUGAGUCACGGUGUUGGUCAACUUCAUAUUAAAACCAAUGAGGGCGCACAUCGCAGGAGUCAUCCAACGGCACAGGAAAUGUACCUUCAGAUGUAAUAUUGUCGCUGUCCAGUCGAAAACCACUUGUCUCCAAAAAAGCCAGCUUUUCAUGAGCUCAGAACAAACGGCCACGUUUUCAGCUUUGUGGCAACACAUUUCUCAGAUGAAUCAGUGACUCUGUAAGUGGUUUGUUUGGCUGAAGAAAUAGGAGAAUUGACUCAACUCAUAAAGGAGCGCGCCUUCCUUCAGUUUUUAUUAAAAAACACCAAAUUUGGAGAUCUGUGGUUUUGACUGGACAGAGACGUUAUGCAAGAUUGGUAGCUCUAAGUAGUACUAAUAGCGUUCUUCCAUGAGCAAAGUUAAACCUGACGAGCCCUCAGAGAAGCAUUUGGAGAUGAGGCCAAAAUUAACAGACAUGCACAGACAAAAAAAAAAUCUCUCUCUGCCUUUGACUGGGUCUGUUCAUUUUGCCAGAAGUGGUACAUGUUUUGAUUGUACUGUAACUGGACAUUUUUCUCCCCCUGUGAAAGAUAAGAUUAACUCAUCAUCUCUGUCUUUAAAUGGCUGAUAAUGUUUAAAAUAACUAGCGUUCAAAUGUGCCUGGUUUGAAAUUAUGAUAAAGUCUGUAAAUGUAAUAUAUGUAUUCCCAUUAGUCAUGACAAAUGUCAUGUGUUAAGUUUAUUAAAAAAGAAAAAUGAAUUGAUCAAAAUGUGUUUAACAACUUAGUCGUGGGUGAUGGUAUAAUAACGCAUUAUCAUCACCUUUUUAUCACAUAAAUUGGUUUAUUAGGUUUUAAACCACCUAAGAAGGCGAUGUUUACGACACUUUGUCAAGAUAUGUUACUUGAUUGUUAUGUUAUUAGCUCUACAAUAAUAGAGUAGAGUUCAUGCCCCAGGAUGUACUUUAAAGGAUAAGUUCACACCAAAAUGAAAAUCAAGUAAUUAUUCUCUCUCACACCCCUGUUGAUGGAAAGUCUGGUGAGUUGAAAUGCAUUGUCUUAAACAACUGAAGUAGAUAGGGAUUUGUUUUAAAACAUAAAAAAUUAAACAUAAAAAAUUACUGAAUAGUUUUUUGAAAUGGCUCCAUACAGCUUGUCCGGCGUAAUCCAAGUCUCCGGAAGCCCUGAGAUCCCAAAUUGAUUUGAACAGAUGUAAGUUAUGCCCUUUUUAAAGCUGAAAUCUCCACCGUAGCUGCUAAUCUACAAGAGUUAGCGCACACCGCAACUUACGUGGGUGCAUGGGCUUGAACGCACAUCGAGAGUGUGAUUAUUGUCUUUUGAGAUCAAUCUGGGAUUUUGGGAAUUCUAGAGACUUGAACUACCUCAAUAGGGCACUAUUGUGCCAUUUCAUGUUUUCUUUCAGUUGUUUUGUUACAUUUUAAAACAAGUCCCCAUCUACUUCAGUUAUUUAGGAGAAUGCCACAACGCUGUUUUGCUGUGAAGCUCCCGAAAUGUUUUGUGGCCCACAAAAACUUUUCAUCGGUGUGAGGGUAGGAAGAUAAUGACUGAAUUUUCCCUUUUUUUUGUGAGCUUAUCCUUUAAGCGACACACUGACAAACUCCUCACUCCACAUGUCAAAGUGCCUUUUAGUGAAUAAUGAUAGUUUAAAGCCAAUUUGGUAUUUACUACAACUACACUAUUGAUGUCAAGUUUACUGGCAACUCUGUUAAAUUUUGAUGGAAGAGUUUGAAAAAUAGCAGUGGAAUUUAUGACAGAAUAACUAGAAAUAGCAGCCGAGUAACGAUGGCAAACAUACUUGUGAAAAUGUGAACAAUGGCAGGCUGGUCAUGAUGUAAUGGUACAUAAAUGUGUGUGUGUGUGUGCGUGUGUAUUGCAAAUUUGGAUAUUUUCAACAACCCUGAAUUACAAAGACUGUUCGCAUUGACUCUGGCCUAUAAUAAUUGUGUUUAAAUUUGUGACACUUGAAAUGUCUCAUUUUAUAGUGUGCAGCCGAAAAAUGUAAGAGUACAUGCUGAAGACAGGAGAAUGUUUGAACAGAUGUAACUACCCUUGGAUGAGUUUGAUUGCAAAACUCACAAUAAAAAAAAAAAAAAAAA